CCUCCGCCAUGGCGUGCGAAUUGACAUGACUCUGGACAAGGCGGUGCGCGUGCUCAAUCAGCGCAGCAUGGUGGCAGUUGCUCUAUCACGCAACUGCAGCAACUCGGCUUUGAUCCACCCCAAUGGACGCAUCUUGCAGAGCGGCGCUAAAGUCGAAAUAGUCACCUACGACGCCAUGAAGGGCAAUAACUUUGUUCGCUAUGCCAAGAUGUGGUACAAGGGUGUGAGCUUCACCAGCGAGGCGUGCGCUCUCAUCUACCUGGUGGACACAGCCGGGACGCGCACCACAACCGACACUUUCACCGAUCUGACCAAGGACUACACCCUGGCAGUGUUCUAUGACGACUCGCGGCGUGAUUGCCAAUUCAGCUUACACCUGUACGAGGAUGGCACUGAGAUCUAUGACAUAAACGGAUUUCGCAUCACCCAGGCAGCCGAUGGCCUGGUGAAGGUCACUCGUGUGGACAACAAGUGCUUGAUUCGCACCAGUCCCGGCAAUGGAUCGGCCACUUUGACCACACCUGGCAUCCAUUGCACUGCCUCUCUGGGCAAGACCUCGCAUCUGUUUGUUCGUCGCAAUGAGAAGCGCAUCACUUUGAUGGAUCCUGUUUCAUAUUACGCAACGCCGGACACUCCGCCGGAUUUAAUGAGAACAACCUGCUCAUUGUCUACUGAGCGGCGUUCGUAGUCCGGAGAUAGAAACGGGGCAGUGGUAGCCCAUCCCACACGCACACACUCACACAUGUCAACACAUUUCACCUGGAACACAUACAUAGACACCUACAGCAGCACACUUGAGGGACCUUGACGUGGGGAGAGGGAUUCAGUUAGGAUCCCGGAAUUUAGGAAUAUCAAAAUCAAUUUGGGAAAUAAGUUAGAAAGCAAAUAUUUUCGUACAAAAACCAGCACCACA